UUCAAUUCUAUCGUGGUUUAUGUCGAAUAAAAGGACAAACAACAAAACUACAUUUAUGUGAUAUAUAUGGAAAUAAAGAGGCUGGACAAAAGUUCAAAGAAAUGUUAGCGAUGGGUUCAUCAAAACCAUGGUCACAAAUUUUACAAAGUUUAACUGGAGAAACUAAAGUCGAAUCAAAAGCUGUUUUAGAUUUCUUUGAACCAUUAUAUAAAUGGUUGAAAGCAGAAAACUUAGCAAGAGGCUAUCCAGUUGGAUGGAUGUAA